CUCUAAUAUAUAAACGUGCCUGCACUAGCGUUCUUUCUUUCACAAAACGUCGGCAAGAGCAGAGUUGCUGAGUUACAAGAACUAAUUGCUGCAGUAUGGCUCCCAGGAAGGCUAAAACCCAAAAAGAAGAAGUGCAGGUUCAGCUUGGACCACAAGUGCGCGAUGGCGAGAACGUCUUUGGAGUUGCCCACAUCUAUGCUAGCUUCAACGACACAUUCGUGCAUGUUACCGACUUAUCUGGUCGCGAAACCAUUGCUCGCGUCACUGGCGGCAUGAAGGUCAAGGCUGAUCGUGAUGAGGCUUCCCCUUACGCUGCUAUGUUGGCUGCCCAGGAUGUUGCUGAGAAGUGCAAGACCCUUGGAAUUACUGCCCUUCACAUCAAAUUGCGUGCCACCGGUGGCAACAAGACCAAGACCCCUGGGCCAGGCGCCCAAUCUGCCCUACGCGCUCUGGCUCGUUCGUCGAUGAAGAUUGGUCGCAUUGAGGAUGUGACACCCAUCCCCUCAGAUUCCACACGCAGGAAGGGCGGUCGUCGUGGUCGCCGUUUGUAAGCGCUUCAUAAAGCGUUUCGCCGAAAUCGACGUCUACUUGUAUGGUUCUUGACGUAACGUUUUAAUAAUUAAAACGAGGAGUUUGUCGAUUUUACACAACAAAAAUCCAAUGCGCUAAUUUUUUUUUCAUAUAAAUACAUUUGUGUAGUAAUAAAAACUGGAAAUGUUAA